CUCCCAGCUGGACGCGUCUUUGUCCUGAGUCUGUGCCGUCUUCGUUAUCGACGAGUUCCGAAGUCUCUUUGUAUCCGGUUUUGCUCUUUCCUUUAAGUUAUGACCAGCGCUUAGAUAAUGCUGGCACUGACUGCCGCCCUGGGCGCCCUCUACUGGCCGGCGGCGGUGAACUGCUGCGGCGGCGUGCUCACCCAGCCCAGCGGGAUCAUCCAGACCCCGGGCUUCCCCGCGCCUCUCCCGGUCCCCAUCAGGUGCCAGUGGCUAAUAGAUUCCUCUGAGUUCCAAGAAGCGGAAGUCAAAAUCGUGGUAUACUUCACACAGCUCUUCGUUACUUCUGGUCUUACCUUCACAGAGUAUGCCUAUUACGACCUGGAAGACACCAACUUACAGAAGAAUCCCACACUUCUUCUCUCCAUUACGGAACAGAACUCGGUGACAACCAGUUGGUUGCUCACCCGUUCCAGGUUCCUCCUCAUCGAACUGGAACUGGAAAGGCUGGAGGGAAACCAUCUCCGAGUCCUUGACCAUCUCCUCGACGUGUUCGGCUUCAACAUCACCUACGAAAUGGUCACCGGAACGACGAGGAACGACAGCUGUUCCGUUAUCGACUGCUCCUUUGCCGGCAACUGCUACGUCGGGUCAGACUUCAAGGAGUUCCGGUGCUCCUGCUUCCCCGAGUUCUCCGGAGGGAGCUGCAGCCUGGGCCCCGUCUGCAGGGCGAGCGGGGGGCCCUGCCUCAACGGCGGCGUCUGCAGGCACGCGGGAAAGUACCCGACCUGCACGUGCUUGGAAGGCUACACCGGGAGCAGGUGUGAAGCGGCUCUCACCGACCCACGUUGCCAGGACGACGACUGCUGGAUGAGAUGCAGAACGAGCGGUCAUGACGAACAACCUUGUAACUGCGGCAGCGGUCAGAGGAUCGAAGGAGAUAGGUGGCGCUAUAUAAUGACUCUCAACAUCGAAAACAUUACAGGCUUAUCAGUUCAACAUCCUGGAAGGAUGCUAAACAAUUACUUGGAGAAGCAGAUCCAGGAGCUGUUGAGGACAUUCUCCCUGGGCCGUCUAGAAGACGUGAUGAUCCUCAACAUGAGUGACUCCGGGCAGAUGAGCUUCCACUUCUUCGGCGACCUCCUCGACCUCAGCCAGAUCCGUCUAGUUCAGCAGAAGUUUUCCGAGAGCAGGAGAAUCGGAGAGGUAUCUAUCCUCAAGUCCCCCAUUGUUCUGAGCCACGAACAAGGGCUAAGACUAAAGGAUAUUCAAGUGAACAACUGGGAGGUUUUUGAAAAUGAACAGGUACUUCUAUCCUGCACUGCUCAAGGCUCAGAACAGAUGGAAUUCACUUGGUACAAAGGUGGAGAUCCCAUUGACCCAUUCAAAGGCUUAAUAGGUUUGUGGAUGCAUAUUCUUCCUAAAAACUCCAGGGAAGAAUACACAGCAAUUCUAGGUAUAGAUGCUGCAAAAGUUGUAGACGAAGGAAUGUACACUUGCCAGGUUACAGAUUGGGGAAUGCAAGAGUGCAAAUCACUUUAUCUUGAAGUACAAGCACCACCAGACAUUUUGGUUUCACCAAUGGCUGCCUCGGUGAAAAAAGGAGAUAAUAUUGAUCUCAUUUGUGUCUCUACGAACCAGAAGGUUUCUUAUUCUUGGACUCGAGACAAAAAUUUGUUUCCACUGAAUCCUGCCUCAGAAGUUUGGGAAGAUCUUAAGCCGUGGGGCUCUAUCUUACGAAUCAAGAAUAUUCAGAAAAGUGUUACGUAUGCUUGCCAUGCUCAGACGAAAGGUGCAACGAGGGAAAAAACUGUUCACAUUGAUUUACUCGCUCCUGGUUCUUGUAAAGAAACUGAAGAGUUAGGAAUACUUUGGAAACCUACAUCUCCUGGUUCAUUAGCAAUGGCAGAAUGUCCAUCAAGGUACAUCGGUUAUUCCACAAGAUACUGCCUCACAGUAACCACCAGAGAAUCGCGCUGGGAGGAGAUUGACUAUUCUAAAUGUGUUUCCGAGUACUUCGACCAGGUUAUGACUCAAUUUCAGGUACUUAGUCGGGGGACAAUGAAAACUAACCUUUGGAUGUUAUUAUCAGAACUUUACUCCUGGCUCCGUUCUCGUACGCCUCUUUACCGUGGCGAAGGGGAGCCAGUUCUAGACCUCCUGUCUGAUAUCUCAACAUUUGUUAACCUUACCUUUACAUCAGAGGAAGUGCUUAAUGUCACAAAGGUAUUCUAUGCCAACGUGGACCUUUUGCUGUCUCAGCCUAACUCUUUUAUUCACAUUGAGAAAGUUAGAGAGCUUCAGAGCAUCGUUGACAAAUGGUCUCUGAUGUGGGCUCGUCAUUUAAAUGUUACAGUGGCUUAUUUACUUUACACCGAGGUGGUCAUUGAUGUGAGGAAGCUGGGCAAUGAAAUCUUGCAGCAGUUUUAUGCUCCAAUGAUCAACAGCUAUCCUUGUUGGCGUACAACUACUGCUAAAAUCAGAGUAAACAUAACGAGCCAAGGAAACCAAACGAAGAGGGUCGCCGUUGUCAGUUACCAAAAUAUAUCUAAAUUCUUGCCUAGGAUGUCUUCCCAGAUUCUUAGCGAUGGUAGUGAACUACUCUACGAGAUAGAGUCAAAUGUUAUUAGUAUCUCCACCCACGGGGACCUUGACAUCCGCCUGGACAUGACGCUGCCAUCCAAGCGUGAGGACAGCAAUGAGUGGAACAUUAGCUGUGCCAGAGCUGAUGCUAUCGGCUUGGAAUGGGACUUGGUGUCCUGUCUUCAAGUCUCUGCUCCCGGGAACCCUAGCCGCUGCAUCUGCAACAGGUCGGGGGUCUAUGCAGCGCUGCUGACCAGAAUCUCAUCUCAUAAGAUACAUGAGCCCAAUAGAGAGGGGUCAUCCACGAUUGUGGCUCUGGGUUGCGGUUGCUGCCUCAUUCAGUCGUUCCUCGCGCUUCUGCUGCUCAGCUGCCGCAGGACAUUUGUUCAACUUCUGAAGGUUCAGUUUUGUCUGGCCAUGUGUUCUGUCAUGGCCAUCUUUGUCCAUGUCUCUAGAGUUGUUCCAGUUGAGGACAUGAAUCUGCUUAUUAGUAUGUUGUUGGAGCUUUUGUUCUUUUUUGCCUUGUCAUCACACAUUGGAAAGCUCCUUGUCAUUUACUCCGAAGUAGUUUUCCUUCACAACACCAAGAAUGCUAAAAUUACUGUAUUAGGUUUAACUACAGGUGUGUCGUUGUUGCCUUGUUUGAUUAGUGCAACUGCUGAAUCCUUCUCAGCGACAAAGUUCAAAAAUUCUUGGUGGCUUCCGAUUGGUUCUGCUUCGUUCUACACUGCCAUCGCCUCCAUGCUUUGCAUAAUCUGCCUUUUUGUGAUGUUGUCCAUUGGCCUCCUCCGAAGGCUUCACUACAUGAAGGCUGUAAAAAAGCCUAAAUCAAAUCAAGUCAUUAAUCACAGGUUUGGUCUAAUGAAGAGAACAUCAGCACUAUUUACUGCGACAGUUUUGGUUUCCAUAUCCAGUGUAUUCUUUGUUAAUAUGCCCAAUUUGGUCAGCAUUUAUAUCUUUAGCUUCUUGUCUGCAUUUUUGGGAUUUCUGAUAUUUGUUUGCUACAUUCUUCAGAGUGAAUCAUCCCCGAACUUGCAGCUGAUUAAGCAGGUUAGGACUGAAGAGCUUAGUACAGCUAUCAGCGAUCGACAAUGUAGUUCGGGUUCAGCUUAUAAUUUAUUUAACUUUUUUACCAACCAAGAAUCAGGAGUAGAAAACAAAGAUGUUCCUCUUGCAAUCAGAGAAUAUGGUGCAGAAAUGAAAGAAAUACCAAAUAAUUUUUUUAAUAAAUCAAAACUAGUCACUUUUAAAAAAAGAUCUGCAAUUGAGAAGACAGAGCAAAGUGUAGACCUGGAAGUAAACCCAAACAGCUCUAAAAAGAUCUCUCAGUCAGCUGGUAACAGCAUAACCAGCAAUAUUCUUCAAGCAGGUGCUAAUGAAGAGAAUAGGAGUAAAGCCGCAAUUGAACAAGGCAGAGACGUGGAACAAGUCUAUUUGUUGAAAGGAGAUUUGUCUGGAACAGUUGGUCCAUCCGAAGUUCUCACCAGCAUUUCCCAUGACAUGGAUUACCUCCUCAGGGGAUCCCCGCAGGUCCCCAAAGAAGAGUCAUCGGAUUCUAAACAAGGAUCACACAGUGGCGGUGGUCCACUCUCUUUAUCAGCAAGUUUAGGCUAUUUAGAGAAUAAUAAUUUAUGAGCUAGGCCUAUAUUUUUUAGAACUGAAAGCUCAACAUUCCGAGGGUAUUACGUAAUGUCAGUAGUAGCAUAACUUGAAGAGUUUGUUUUAAGUUUUAUGACUAAAUAUUUUUCUAUCAAGUCUUCGUAGCACAUAGGAUGUUGACUUUAAUGUAUUGAUGAUUUAUACAUUGUUAAUUAUUAAUGAUUUCUUCAGCCCAAAGGCAAAUUCAAACUAUUUUUUUUUUUUAUAACUUUGUUCCUUAGUUUCUAUCUGGUAAUCUAUUCAUAAUUUUAUUUCAAUGUUGAAGGGAGUUAUUUAGUUUUAUUAAGUCACUGUAUAACAAUCACUAUUAAAGUUAAACACUCCACUACUGUACCAUCUAUAAAAUUCUGAGACUUAAGAAUUGUCUGUGAUAUAUAGCUUAUUAUCAAUUAUUUAAUCAGCUUUCUAGUGAUGUAUCAAAUGAGAAAUUUUUUAAAUAUAUUUAUAAUUAACAAUAAUUAUAAAAAAACAAUUAUCACUCAGGAAGGUAACAAGUAUAGUAUGUUAAUUAUAAUCAUGAUGAAAGUUUUUUUCAAUAUAAUUCAAAUUAUGUCAUGAAAAAUAUUUAAACAGCAAAAAUGGUUGUAUUAGUGAAAUA